CUAUAGCAAAGUUGGCACAGGAUUUCUAGCGCUCAGGAGAACACAUCUGACACCAUGGCCAACAAGCCACAGCAAGUACCCUAUCUGCAUCUGGCUGAACUCACUGCCUCGCAGUUCCUGGAGAUCUGGAAACAUUUCGACACAGACGGUAACGGUUAUAUUGAGGGGAAGGAACUGGAGAACUUCUUCAGGGAGCUGGAGGUUGCACGCAGAGGAUCUGGAGUGGACCCAACAAAUGUUACCUUCAGAGAGAAGAUGAAAGAGUUCAUGCAGAAGUUUGACAAGAACAAAGAUGGCAGGAUUGAGAUGUCAGAGCUGGCCCAAAUCCUUCCCACAGAGGAGAAUUUCCUGCUUUGCUUCAGACAGUACGUUGGCUCCAGCACUGAGUUCAUGGCGGCAUGGCGACGGUAUGACACAGAUCGAAGCGGUUACAUUGAGGCAAACGAACUGAAGGGCUUCCUGUCAGACUUGCUGAAGAAGGCCAAUAGACACUAUGAUGACCAGAAGCUGCAUGAGUACACGCAGACCAUACUCAGGAUGUUUGAUCUAAAUGGAGAUGGCAAGCUGGGUCUAUCAGAGAUGGCCAGACUCCUUCCUGUGCAAGAAAACUUUUUACUCAAGUUCCAGGGUAUGAAGAUGAACACAGAGCAGUUCAAUGCUAUCUUCAAGUUCUACGACAAGGAUGGGAACGGGUACAUUGAUGAGCAGGAGCUGGACGCCCUUCUGCGUGAUCUGCAUACCAAGAACAAAAAGGACCUGGACAGCAGCAGCCUGGCUGGCUAUAAGCAGAGCAUCAUGGCUCUGUCAGACGGAGGGAAGCUGUACCGCGCCGAGCUGGAGAUCGUCCUCUGCAGAGAGCCCAUGCUGUGAACCUGCCAUCCUCCUCGCUGCCUGACCCCUGACCUCCCCCACCUACCGCUGCCUGGCAAAUGCAACCAGGUGCAUGUCCCGGUCACUCCCCUAACGACCUCUGAUUGAUUGAACCCUGAUGCCCAAGGCCACGCCCCCCCCCCCACCCCCCUGCCACCCAAGCUCUCUGCUACCCCUUCAGCUCCUUGUGUGAAACGACAAGAUCACAAACCAUUGAGAUCAUCUGAUUUGUUUACUCGUUACUGAUUUAUGUAUGUAUUUCUUUGACUCCUUUGUCCCCUCUCUCCCCGUCCCUAUAUCCUGUCCUCCUGAGUAUUUAUUCCUCUGUAGUGUCAUCUUGUUUCCUUACUGGCGUGGAGGUGUUUUUGUCUGAAACUUCUUGAAAACAUGAAUUAAAGUCUGAGGAUUAAGA